ACAAGAAUAGUCAAUAAUGUCAUACUCCAAGAUCAAUGAUAGGGGAGACCCAAAUACAUCUUUAAUUGACCAAGAAGACUUGAUUCUGGGAAACAACAUCACAGCACAGCCUUAUAUCAUCCCCGAUGUGGAGCAGGGACCAACUACAGCCAAUGUCACGGGUCAGAUACCCCUCCAACCCGAAGUAAUUAAGCCGCAAGUGCCAAUUAAUGCUGCCAAUUCACAUAUGUUUCAAAUAAAUUUUUACAGACAAUUCUUCGAUCUUGAUACAGAGACAUUUUUCCAUAAGUUACAAAGGGCUAUGAAUCCCUUAGAUAGGUCAUUCUCUGGAGAAAGCACCGAUGAAAAUGGAACUGAUAAUGGACCUACUGAAUUGUAUGGAUUUAUUUGGAUCACUGGUACACUCAUUUUCCUUAUGUUUGUCAGUUCUACAGGAUCUAAUAUCAUUUCAUCUUGGAUUCAUUCUGAUGGGAAAGAUCCAUCAGAAAAAUAUGAAUAUAAAUUUGAUCUUCUUACAUUAUCGGUGAGUCUUUUCUACGGAUAUAAUUUGAUUGUUCCAGUAGGAUUAUACGCAUUUACCAGUUGGAUUCUCAAAUUUCCUCAUAAAUUACCACUUUUAGAACUUAUUUCAAUCUAUGGAUAUACAAAUAUUCUUUGGAUACCUAUCACUGUUGUUAAUUUUGUAAUUGCUAUACUUGUGAGUCAAAAACAUAACUUGAUGUUAAACAUUAUUGAAUGGACUAUUGUUGUACUUAGUGGAUUUAUUACAGGAGCCAGUAACUUGAGCAAACUUAGCCCAAUUAUACAGAGAAAUUGUUUACUUUUAGCUGAAGCAGAUAAUAUUGAUUCGAAAAAAUUACAUUUUAUUCUUGUUGGUAUCCUUGCAUUUUUACAUUUAUGUUUUACAGUUCUGGUUAAAAUUUGUUUCUUUGGAUUUGAUUAAUUUCUAAAGCCCUAAAUUUUAUUUUAACAAAUUAUUAGUUUCGAUGCGUGCGCCCACCGAUAACAAUUAAA